GCUAAUGUUUACAACCACUGGGGCUGUCAAUAAGUUUUUAUCGCAUUUACUGUGAUUUUGUCGAUAUUUCAGCAACAAACGAUAAGAAAAGUAAACAAUGGCGCAAACUAAAUGACUUCUUCUCGCAUCCAGGUUUCCGUCCACUGCGAGCCGGCCCCGGUUGGUCCUGACUCACGCUGACUGAGCCAACAUCUGGAAACAACAUCUCAGUGUAAAUUUGUUUGGUAACCAGCGUCCCGAUGGAGUGGGUGUUCAUCAUGAACCGGAUGAGCUCUCAGGGCAGCUCUGCGUCCCAGCGGAGGCGCAUGGCCCUCGGUGUGGUGAUACUGCUGCUGGUGGACGUCAUCUGGGUCGUAUCCUCGGAGCUCACAUCAUACAUCUUUAAGCGACAGGAGUACAACAAGCCGUUCUUCAGCACCUUCACUAAGACCUCCAUGUUUGUUCUCUACCUGCUGGGUUUCCUGCUGUGGCGGCCGUGGAGGCAGCAGUGCACCGGCACGCUGAAACGCCGCCACUCUGCAUUUUUUGCUGAUGCUGAGGCUUACUUUGCCUCCUGCACCACUGACACCACUGUGAACAACUGUUUGAGUGAGCCGCUGUACGUGCCGGUGAAGUUUCAGGACGUUCCUGCCGAUCACUCAAACUGUUUAAUUGGAGACUGUGAAUCUUCUUCCAAAAAGCAACGUGUGCGUUUCAGUAAUAUAAUGGAGGUGCGUCAGCUGCCCUCCACUCAGGCUCUGGAGGCCAAACUGUCCCGCAUGUCCUACCCGGCUGCCAAGGACCACGAGGCCAUGCUGCGCACCGUGGGCAAGCUGACCGUCACCGAUGUGGCCAAAAUCAGCUUCUUCUUCUGCUUUGUGUGGUUCCUCGCUAACCUCUCGUAUCAGGAAGCUCUGUCCGACACGCAGGUGGCCAUCGUCAACAUCUUGUCGUCCACAUCAGGUCUGUUCACGCUCAUCUUGACGGCCAUUUUUCCCAGUAACAGCAGCGACCGGUUCACCUUGUCCAAACUGUUAGCUGUGGCGCUCAGUAUGGGAGGCGUUGCCCUCGUCAGCCUCUCCAGUAUGGACAACCACGACGAGAAAGGAGUCUCAGGCUCUUUGUGGUCGCUGGCCGGUGCGAUCCUGUACGCUGUCUACAUCGUGAUGAUAAAGAGACGAGUCGAUCGGGAGGAUAAGCUCGACAUUCCCAUGUUCUUCGGCUUCGUCGGUUUGUUCAACCUGCUGCUGCUGUGGCCCGGCUUCCUGCUCCUUCACUACACCGGCUUCGAGGCCUUCGAGCUCCCCAGUCAGCUGGUGUGGACGUACAUCCUCAUCAACGGCCUGAUCGGGACCGUCCUCUCCGAGUUCCUCUGGCUCUGGGGCUGUUUCCUCACGUCGUCUCUCAUCGGGACUCUGGCUCUCAGCCUCACCAUCCCGCUCUCUAUCAUGGCGGACAUUUGUAUGCAGAAGGUUCGUUUCUCGUGGUUAUUUUUUGCCGGGGCGGUUCCCGUCUUCCUCUCCUUCUUCAUCGCCACGCUCUUAUGUCACUACAACAACUGGGACCCGGUGCUGGUGGGUCUGAGGAGAGUUUACGCCUUCAUAUGGAGGAAACAUCGUAUACAGAGACUGCCGGAAGACAGCGAGCAGUGUGAAAGCCUUAUUCCUCUACACACCGUCUCCCCGAACGAUGGAAGCUACUGUUCGUGAUCCAACACACACAAAGAGGCCCGACUCUCGUGGAUCUCACCGAGCGGACAAUCUGGAAGCUUUUUUCAGAGACGAUGAAAAAACUACCGCAGUGCCUACAAAAAAUGAAAAGCUAUUUAUUUUCUACAGUGUUGAGACGAACCAUCCAUUUCUACACCGCGCUCGACUGAGGAGCUGUUUUUACUUUACGGUACUGGAGGUGCUGGACU